AUGCAGGCUGACAGCAAGAAAAUCGGAGAGUUGAGUCAAAGUUUGGGGAUACAAUUUAAGGCAAGAAGAUUUGUUCUUGUUUGGUUACUAUGCAUCCUGAAAUAUGUCUAGCAGAGUCUUGAUAAUGAUAUCCUGAGAGCCUCACCUCAACAGAUACGUUCUUCACCUCUAAUAGCCUAUACUUCAGCUUUCUUCGUGGCGGCGCUUUCUUCCUUGGCGUAUGGUCCUUGUUCUUGCUCUUCGUGGUUCUGGGAUGUGCUUCUCCAAGUGGAGAUAGUGACGAUGAACAUGGUGUAGGCUUCUUAGCGGUUUUGUCACUUGCCAGCUUUGGAGAUUCUUCUUUGGAGGCCUCGCCUCAUCCGACACAGAGAAAGAUUGACUUUUGUUAUGGCACAAGGAACGACCAACUACACUAAAUGAUCACUAGUAGUAGAAGUUCUUGUACAUCAACUAGUACAAGCUGCAGCAAAGAACAAUGACACGGCAUGAACUACUUCUAGAUCGUCCAGUUGUAAUCUUCAGCAGUACUACUUUUACCUGUUCUUGUAACGAACGAGAACAAGAGUCUUCCAUGUCUAAUCUGAGGGAAGCAAAGAGUACAUGGUCGACGUCACUCCUUGGAUGUCACUCCUUUCCGCCUUUGGUGCAGGGAUGUACUUCGUCUACGUGAUGUGGUUUGUCUAUCGCAAAAUCCCACGCGACGCUGAAGCCCUUGAUGCUGCCUCCAUCACUCCUGCUGAUUUCGCCUUUCUACUGGACAAACUGCCAGCUUUUGACCAAGAAUCGCUCAAACCCGAAGACUUCGAAGCUGAGUUGAAGAAGCAUUUUGCGAAAGUGUUGCUGGAAGAACGUGCGGCACAUUUGGGAGAUGAAGGUUAAGACUCUUUCUUUCCCUAAAUGUAUGAUAGAUUCAUCCUGUCAAGAGACAUCUUUGUUUCUUUGCUUUCCUCUCGAAGUGGAGCACAGACCAUCAACAUGAAUCUGGGCAAGCUCUAAGAAGAAGGUCCUUAUACAGCUAAUAAAGAGGUUGACAAGAGCGUAGUGGAUGCGGAGAACGAACCAGACAAUCUGUUUCCAGAGAUCUCUUUCGCUCGUGACUACGGGGGACGACUGGCGGAACAUGCGAGUCAAGCAAAAUUGAAAACGGAGAUCGUGGAGGCGACCUUAGGUAUGGCCAAGGAUAUUGUAACUCUCCUGGAAGUAGCAAGAAGUACAUUUUUAGGCAUCUUGUAGUUGAUGUUGUUGUUGAUGCCUGCUCAACAUUCCAACAACAAGCUGGAACAAGCUGGCUGAUCAUGUGGCAGAGCGAUGAUUGAAAGUAUGUAGUGGUAGAUUUUUCAAGCUAUCCACCAGCAGAAGUUGAGUUGAUUUCAUCUGCCACGCCGACGGCAAAAAGCUGAAGAAGCUGCACACGCAAGCUCGAAAAUUGCUGGCGCAGAAGAAGAAGCGGCGCGCUGAUGAGGAAAAAUUUGCUUCAACCAUUGAACGCCCGAUCUAUCGCGCUUACGUCGUGUGCAACAAAGCUCAGGACAAGGAACUUUUGCUUGACGCCUACCGAAUGUCGCAGUUAAGCCUGGGAUACCUGUUCCAGUCGAAGCGAUUGAGAUUUCGAGGGUUGAAGCGAAUCCGUUUGGCUCCAGCACCAGAGCCUUCCAACAUCCUGUGGGAGAAUCAGGACUGUCCGGCAAUUGAGCGUGCCUGUCGUAGAGGAUUCACGAAAUAUGAGGGGAAAAAGUGUGCUGGUGCUCAUCCUCCAGACCAUAGGUGCUCCCUAAGUAGGAAGCUGCCUCUUUUCUUGAGUAUUAGUAUACUUUUUCCUGUCAUACAAAACUACUAGUCUUUAUCUUGUUGCUGAUUUCCACUGCUGGCAUCCUAUGGUCUCAGCAAACGCAGAAAAACGAGACUGAGAAGGCCGAAGGAAAGAACUGCGCGGAGAUCAUCUACACCCGCGAUUCGAAUCCACCGAAUACUGUGGUCUUAGACGGAGUAACGGCGAAGGCUUAUUUGGAGGCGAAUAUCGUUUAUGGCGCAACAACUAAGAAAAAAGUAGUAAAUGAGUCUAAAACUACUGUGCUCCUUGUCUUAGUAGUUUAAAUCUUUUAUCAAACGGUCAAAAUCAAAAUGACAACAACAUGGUCAAAAUGACAUCAUGUCGCCGUCUCGUCAUCUUCUAAUCCAGGAACGCUCCAGGAGCUCCCGCCCUCGAGAACCACUUCACUGAUUGCGAGUGUGCCAAAAUUGGCAUGUCCUCUAUGACCGGAGACGUUAAAACAGCUUGCCAGGACUUCUACGACAAACAAGUUUUGAUGUUUGCGGUGACAACAGCGUCUUCAGUCUUAGUCGUGGCAAUCAACUUUAUCUUGAAGAGCCUUCUGGUGGCGCUGGCGAAAUUUGAGAGGCCAUUGACCCUCAGUGGGUUGGAGUGUGCGAUUGCGUUGAAGGUACAAGAACUUCAUCUAGAGUCAACAUUGAUUGACCCUCAGUGGGUUGGAGUGU